AUCAGUGUCGGGCUGUGGGGCCCGUAUCCAUCUAACGAAGCAGAAUUCGUCCGUGCGAACCGUGAGAUUGAAGCGAAGAUGCGGGAGCUAGGCGGUUUGAAAUGGCUCUACUCGCGCGUAUUUUACAGUGAAGAUGAGUGGUGGCAGGUCUACGACAAGCACAAGUACGACGAGUUCCGUCGGAAAUACCACGCCACGUCUCUGCCUUCGAUAUGGGACAAGGUCAAGGACCGAGGCCGGAAACAAGACUUUGGCACGGGAGUCAAGGGCUUGUUGAAGAGGUUUGUGAAAAGCAAUGCGUUCUUAUCCGGUCUCUAUGGUAUAUACAAGGCGGUAAAAGGCGGUGAUUAUAUAUUGAAGAAGCAGAAAGCUGCUUAA